GUCGACUGUCUGUACGCGCUGCGCGCUGGGGUUCGUUUCUUCGCCAGAACGCAAGUCUCCUGAUCAUUGAGUAAUAGUCAAAGUGUGCUGUUGUGCCGGACACCGGGUCCAGGGUGAAGUUUAUCAAGUGUUGCUGCCGGAAAAAAGAAAACACACCGUGUCCGUGUUUCACGUGUGUGUGUGCGUUUCAGUUUGGGUGCGUUUCAGUGUUCAGUGUGUUUCUUGCAGGUGUGCAUCAUUUCAUAAAAGAAAACCGCCUCAAUAGAAGGCGAGGAAGUGUAACGGCACAAAAGUCACCAUGGACGCAGAAUCGGAAGGAAUUCCACCGGUUGCGACCGGUAGUGGCCAGACGUCCGCCACCACCGACACAGAUUUUGACCUUGCGGCAAAACGAAAAAUGUUCAUGUCGCAACCCUCCACCGUGGCCAUUCGCCGACAGCAGGCAGUCUGCGUACGACGGGCGCACAAAAUCUACGGCACCAAAAGGAACCCGAACGUCAUCCUGGACGGGUUGAACAUGACGGUACCCAAAGGCUCGAUCUAUGGGCUGCUGGGUGCAUCCGGCUGCGGUAAAACGACACUGCUCUCGUGUAUUGUCGGUCGGCGAAGGCUGAAUUCCGGCGAGAUUUGGGUGCUUGGUGGACGGCCCGGUUCGCGCGGUUCCGGCGUACCAGGGCCGCGCGUUGGUUACAUGCCGCAGGAGGUGGCACUGUACGGUGAGUUCACCAUUCGCGAAACGCUCAUCUACUUCGGCUGGAUCUACGGCAUGACCACCGAUCAGGUGGAUGAAAAGACAGACUUCCUGUGCAAGUUGCUGCAGCUCCCGAACGCAUCGCGGUUCGUGAAAAACCUCUCCGGAGGCCAGCAGCGACGCAUGAGUCUUGCGGCGGCCCUCUUGAACGAACCCGAGCUGCUCAUCCUCGACGAACCCACCGUCGGUGUGGAUCCGGUACUGCGACAAAGCAUAUGGGACCAUCUGGUGGAGAUCACCAAGUCCGGCAAUACGACCGUCAUCGUGACGACGCACUACAUCGAGGAAACCCGACAGGCCCACGUGAUCGGACUGAUGCGUGGUGGCAAGUUCCUGGCGGAGGAGUCACCCGCGGACCUGCUAGCUCAGUACCAAGCGGAAUCACUCGAGGACGUGUUUCUGAAGCUGUCCGUGCUGCAAAAUAUGGGCAAACGAAGACGAUCGUCGAUCGCGCAGGAGGUCGUGGAGCAUGUGCGAAUACCGGCAAUCAGCAAUCCGGCGCUGGAUCUUUCACCGGAGGAAGAUCACGGCGAAAUAUCCGGAGAGUUUGGCGACAACAUAUCCAUGUCAUCUCGGGGGCCUGAUGCGGUUACGCCAGAAAUUCAAGCACCACCAUUACCACCGGAAGAGGAUACGAAGACGCCGUUCGUGGACUACUUGAAGAUCAUCAAGCCCAACCAUAUGCGGGCGUUAAUUUGGAAAAACUUCCUCUGGAUGUGGCGUAACGUAGGCGUAAUGGCGUUCAUCAUUGGACUACCGGUGGCACAGAUUAUUCUUUUCUGCUGGGCGAUCGGACAUGAUCCCGUUGGGUUGAAGCUCGCCGUUGCAAACUACGAGCUGGAGGAGGCAGGCUUCGGACUCCAGGACUGUCCAGUAUACCCCGGGUGCAACUAUUCUUUGCUCAGCUGUCGGUACAUGGAAUAUUUAAAAAAUAGAAGCGUAGUAAUAGAGCUCUUUUCCACCGAAAGCGACGCGUUACAAGAAGUGAGUCGAGGAAAGGCGUGGGGUGCACUGGUAUUUGCUUCGAACUAUUCCGAUUCGCUCGUGGAUCGAACCGAACGAGGCCGUGAUGUGGACGAUUUCACAAUAGACGCAUCAAAUCUUGCCGUUACCAUGGAUAUGUCAAAUCAACAAAUAGGAACACUGCUCUACCGGGACAUCCAGUACGCCUUCUUCGAUUUUAUCGAAAACAUACUGACGGACUGUGACGUGAACCCAUCGAACGGGCGAAUUCCGUUCCAAUGGAACAAACCCGUGUACGGUGAUCGGAAACCAAAUUUCACCGACUUUGCCGCACCUGGUGUUAUUCUCACCAUCAUAUUCUUCCUCUCGGUCGCGCUAACCUCUGGCGCCAUGUUGAUCGAACGUAAUGAAGGAAUUCUGGAACGUUGCCUUGUUUCUGGCAUUACCGGUAUCGAGAUUCUUUUCUCCCACGUUACCACCCAGUUCCUGGUGAUGUGCUUCCAGACAGCGCUCGUCAUGGUGUUUAGCUUCUCCGUCUUUAACCUCACCAACCGAGGCGACAUCGUGUGGGUUAUACUGCUCACCAUCCUGACCGGUCUUUGUGGCAUGUGCUUCGGCUUCGUCGUAUCCUGCUCCUGUGAUAAUGAACGCUCGGCUACGUAUAUGGCGAUGGGUAGCUUCCUGCCGAUCGUCAUGCUGUGCGGUAUCAUCUGGCCGAUCGAAGGCAUGCAUCCGCUCGUCCGUGUGUUCUCCGUCUUUCUGCCACUCACCAAAUCGACCGAAUCGUUACGCUCCAUACUGCAGCGUGGCUGGCUAAUUGAGGACCCGAACGUGUACAUCGGUUUCGCCUCGACCGCCAUCUGGAUCGUGAUCUUCCUUACCAUUAGCAUACUGUUGCUCAAGUUCAAGAAGGGAUAAGCUGCUUCAUCCUGAAAGGUUUCAUCUAAAUUUCGUGAUGGUGGACACCGCUCCAAACGAGCCCUACUGCCCACCAAAUCGGGGGUUGCUUAGUCAGACGGGGGUUUAUAUCUUAGGUUAUUUUUUUUUGUCUUUGGCUGGUCUAGAAUACAUUUCAUUUGACGGUCCCAACGGGGUAGGUAGGUUAUCUAUCCUUAAAGAAGAACUGAAGCGUGCACUAGACGGUACCGGAAUGGCAUAUCUCUUCGUAGGCAAAUCGACACCUCCGACAACAAGGGGGUGUGCGUAGGCUAGCAUGUCUAUAUUUAUAUCAUUCUCCAUCGACCGUUCUCCUCAUAACGUAUGACCCUACUCAGCAUUCGGUAGCUUUGACUGUACGUUUACACUGUGCGUCUCAAAUUGCUCUUUUGGUUAGAUCGUACGAAAAGCGGGAUAAGCGCAUGUUUUGGUAGAUUAAGCAGGAUAAAGGAAUUUAAUA